AUGAUUGAGCCAUUCCAGACUACAUUUGCGGUCCCUAUGACCUGCGAUAGCUGCGUGAAGGAUAUUUCCAACGCUCUGAUCGAGGUUGAAGGAAUCAAGAAGGUUGAGGCCAACCUGGAGAACCAGCUCGUCUUCGUUGAGGGAACUGCGCCGCCCAGCUCCAUUGUCUCCGCUAUCCAAGGGACUGGUCGGGAUGCGAUCCUGCGAGGCAGUGGUUCAACAGAUAGCUCAGCCGUGUGCAUUCUCGAAACACACUCCUCCACCGUGCAGAAUAAUAUCCGCGGACUUGCGCGCAUUGUCCAGGUUUCUUCGUCCAAGACCAUUUUCGACCUUACGAUCAACGGCCUUGGCCCUGGGAGAUAUUGCAUCACCGUCCGCGAGACCGGAGACAUCUCACAAGGUGCCGAGUCGACAGGAGGCAUCUGGGAUAGCCUCAAGUCCAAGGUGCUAGGGUCAGGACCACAACCAGUCAAGGAACCCCGCGGCAACUUUGGCUAUAUGAAAGUGACCGACAAGGGCCUGGGGCACGUCUUCAUCGAGCGGCAGCUAGCCGUGUGGGAAAUUAUCGGCCGGAGUAUGGUGGUCUCGAAGACGGAGGAGGGACCUUUCAGCAAGGAGGACCCGGAUACGCUGGUGGGCGUGAUCGCUCGCAGCGCAGGCGUCUGGGACAACGACAAGACGGUCUGCUCAUGUUCGGGGAAGAAUGUCUGGCAGGAACGCCAGGAGCAGGUCGGUAAGGGCAUGGUAUAA